CGGGGUUAUGUGCAAAACAUCCGUUGGUUUCCGCUUUCGCUCCUAGGAGGCGCACUCGGCUCUUGGGCGAGGUGUGAACGAUGGGCUCUCUGUCGGACUCGCAGGCGAAUGGCGACCGUCAGCCGCCGCCGGCGGAGGCGGAGGAUGCUGGGGCGCAAGUCGAGGAGGGAGAUACUGGCGAGAAGAUGGAGGGCGUCGCGUCCAUAGCGCUGCUGCCCUCUGGCGCCAUCUCCGGCCACUUCAUCCGCCUUCCGGACUCCGCCUGCUACGGCCUCCAGGGCACCCCGAUACCAUGCGAGAGGGAAUGUAGCCGAGGAGAUGAUUACCGCCUUAUAAAGCUCUCCAUCAUUAAUUUUAAGAGGAAGACAGAGAAGGUGGUUGUGGUGGAAUGCAGGGGGCAUGAUGCUGCUCGAUUACAAAACAUUGACCAUUUGCAUGGAUGGGAAGAUGACGUUGUUGGAUUGGUUCAAAAGAAACAUGGGAAUAAGAAAGUCUUGGUCUCUUUCGAAUGCGAGACGCUGAAGGCCGAUAAAGCCGCUGAAGAACAUAUUAGCAAGUAUAUGCCAAAUCUUUGCGGACUGGACGCAGUUGUAAACACAGGGAAGAUGAGCAUCUCUGGCAUCAACCUCGACGAGGACGAUGAACCAAGCGGUAACAGCUGAGAGCGGAAACACUGUGUCAGUGUGUUAGCUGCGAGCCGUCAAUGCCGUCGACAAAGGAGGACCACGUGUCGCUGUUACAACGGCAUGAGUUUUAUGCGACAAAUCAGCGCUUCUGUUUCUGCACUUGAAACGGUGCGCUUUGUAGCAGUUCUGUUUCUGCACUUGAAACGGUGCGCUUUGUAGCAAGUCUCUUAACGGAAUGUGUGUUUGCUGUUGCUUCAUCUGGCAUGAUCCUGAUGAGGGAAUUAUACACCCUUGGUCUUGGACUUGGGGGUUUGGUGGGCCAGUCGGCGGCGCAAAUCUUCGUCCCCGCCCAUGCUGUUUGUCACGCAUGUACGGGCAGAUAUCUUGCAUUGCCUGUUUCCUCA